AUGGAAGACUCAACGCAAGGAGGUCGUGGCAGACGGCAGGAAAGUGGUGACAUGCAGGAGCCUGAAUGGAACCAGAGUGUUGAUGAUGGUUCGAGUUGCGUGAGCGAAACGGGGAGGAGGCGGAAGAACGUGGACGACCUGCUGACGGAGGUUAUCAAACCUUUCGGUUGGUGGCAAUUUAUUGUCACCAUGGUAGCCGUCUGGUCGGACAUCCCUGCUGCCAUUUUCCCCGUCUACGGCAAUUCGGUGCCGAGAUUCCGUUGCGCCGCCGAUCCACCUGUUGAGGCCCUGCUUCUGCGCAACUCCAGUUCCUUCAACGUUCCAAUCUACGUCUUUGCACCGAAAGGCCCUGCCACAAUGAUUGGUAACCAGUAUGCCUACGACUUUGACACAAUAGCCGCAUCGAUUGGACCCUGGUCGCAGAACAUAACUGAAUCGGACUUGGAGGGGACAGGCGAACAGAUGUACGGUUGUUACCGGUACAAGAGGAACUGGAGCAGGAUAUCCAAUGCCAGUCAGCUGAUUGCUGCGCCAGCCCUUCCGCCAACAACAGAGUUAGAGACCUGCAAGGCUGGCUAUGUGUAUGAAGUAGAUGAAUUCCAGUAUCCUUCCGGUAUAGUUAUUGAGUGGGAUUUAGUCUGCGAAAAGGAGUGGCUAGCACCCCUCAGCACCUCGCUCUACAUGCUGGGUAUGGUACCCGGCUUUUGGAUUGGCGGCUGGUGCGCAGACGCGAUUGUCUACUACCUGCCCGAGUCUCCGCGCUGGCUGUUGGGUCAGGAGAGGACCAAGGAGGCUGCACUGGUUCUCUACAAGGGCUACCUCCAGAACCGCCGAGGUCUGAAGUGUUGGCGAAAGCCUCAGGACAAAACUCUCACACUGGAAGAGUUUGAACACUUCCUCCAGGAACCCUGCCAGAAGGCCGAAGAACAGUCGGUUGACAGCUCCCAGACAGCCUGCCUUUUCGGAAUCCUUCUCUACGCCCGUAUAAUCCGCAGUUACGUAUACCUGGUGGCUUUUAUAAACAACUUGACUGGCAUUCCCGGUGCUAUUCUGUCCUCCAUUCUUUACGCCCGCAUACGACAUCGUAGGCGUCCGCUGAUGACGGUGUACGCCUGUGCCUGUCUCUCCCUCGCGAUUGGCGGUAUCCAUGCUUGGGUGUUCCCCGUCAGCAAUGACAUUGUCCUCACUGUCUGCUCUAAUCUCGGUCUGGUACUUUCCACGGCCAUAACCAACAUGCUGCUCACCUAUAUUCCUGAACUCUAUCCAUCCUGCAUCCGAUCGCAAGGUCUGGGCAACGCAGCCGGCCUAGGACGAAUCGGCGCAGCAUUCGGCACCUUCAUCAACCAGCUGGAUAUCAGCGUUGCCCAUGGGGCCCCUCUGGUGUUCUACGCUGGCCUUCUCCUGUUGGCCCUAGUUGCUCUCAUCUUCCUACCGGACACAACGGGCGAGAAUCUGCCGGACAAGAUGGACAGUAGCCAAGAACUUGACUUGCCAAAGGACGGAUUUGUAGAUGUUGGGAUCUCUGUUCGUCUAUCUGAAACCGGGAGAGCUGAGAGGAAUCUCGCUUGCAAGUCGCCGUUAGAUGUUCCUGAGCCCGGGAAUGAUCACCAGAGAAUGGUGUCGUUGAAGGGCGAAGAAAACAGCGGCCGUUGUGCCGGAAGGCUUUGUGACACGCUUCUUACUGUCCCGGAGGAUAACUCUCUCUUGAUAGCCAUUUUCGCGGAGCGUGGUCUGCAACAGUUGCAGGAAUGUAUAUGUGCCCUACUCUCGCCACCAAUUCCUGGAGUUAAGUUCGUUUUAGAUUCAGGAGAAAAACUUUGA